ACCACACGCGCUUGACUCCGACAUCCACGUGAGGUCAAAGGUCACCUGAGCCAACAGCCGCUGUGGCCGCUGGGGGAGAUGUUGUGGAAAGCUAUUCUGUGUCGAUCCUGCGCUCGCAGGCUUCCUCGAGAGGUAUUAUGGAGAGUAGCGUUAGGAGCGAGACACGCCUCCUCCUCGACUCUGGGCGUGGAGCGGAUCAGGAACAUCGGGAUAUCUGCCCACAUCGACUCGGGGAAGACGACGCUCACAGAACGCGUUCUCUUCUACACUGGACGAAUCUCCGCCAUGCACGAGGUGAGAGGGAAGGACAAUGUUGGAGCUACAAUGGACUCCAUGGAACUGGAGAGACAAAGAGGGAUCACCAUACAGUCUGCAGCUACAUAUACCACGUGGAAAGACACAAACAUCAACAUUAUCGACACUCCAGGUCACGUAGAUUUUACAAUAGAGGUGGAGAGAGCCCUGAGAGUACUGGACGGAGCUGUGCUGGUUCUGUGUGCAGUGGGUGGUGUUCAGAGCCAGACGCUCACAGUCAAUAGACAGAUGAAUCGCUACAACGUCCCUCGGAUCGCCUUCAUCAACAAGUUGGACCGCCUCGGAGCCAAUCCCGACCGAGUUCUGCAACAGAUGAGAGCUAAGUUGCACCAGAAUGCAGCAAUGAUACAUGUGCCCAUUGGCCUCGAGGCACACCACAAAGGUGUCGUGGAUAUCGUCAGAAACAGAGCCGUUUACUUCAGCGGGGAAUUCGGGACAGAAGUUACUGAAGGGGAUGUCCCUACCAAUUUAGUUGAUCUCGUAUCAAAACGAAGAAAAGAAUUAAUAGAGCAACUGGCAGAAGUUGAUGAUGGACUGGCCGAGAUAUUUCUCUCUGACCAGGAGCCAACUGUACAGGACAUAAUGGCCGCUAUCCAUCGGUCGGUUGUGGCUCGCAAGUUCACUCCAGUUCUGCUGGGAUCAGCUCUCAAAAACAAAGGAGUACAGUUGAUGUUGGAUGCUGUACUCAACUAUCUUCCCAAGCCUUCUGAGGUGGAAAAUUUCGCCAUCGACAAUACUAAUGGGGGUGAACAGGUACCCCUGAACUCUGCAAGAGACGGCAGUCAACCGUGUGUAGCUCUCUCGUUCAAACUGGAAGCCGGAAGGUUUGGUCAGCUGACGUACAUACGGAUGUACCAAGGCUCCCUGAAGAGAGGAGACACUCUCAGUAACACCAGGACCGGGAAGAAGGUCAAAGUCUCACGUCUUGUCCAGAUGCAUGCCAACAAAAUGGAGGAUAUUUCAGAGGCCCAUUCAGGGGAUAUAUGUGCUCUAUUUGGAGUCGAAUGUGCGUCUGGUGACACUUUCGUCUCUUCCGAUGCCCCCCAAUAUACAAUGGAGUCAAUCCAUGUCCCAGACCCUGUCAUCUCCCUGGCGAUAAGACCGGAGAAGAAGACAGACCUCGACCAGUUCUCAAAGGGGAUUGGUCGAUUCCAGCGAGAGGACCCCACCUUUAAAGUGACCUUUGACCCCGAGAGCAAAGAGGUAGGGAGCAGCUGCUCUGUGGUGUUGAGUGAAACUUUAAAUUUUUUCCCCAACUCGUUCUGCAGACAAUCAUGUCGGGAAUGGGUGAGCUUCAUUUGGAAGUAUAUGCAGAGGUAUUUUUAAUAAUAUAUCACCGUAGCUACAGUCGAGGCACACAAAAAUAUUUUUACUAAAAAAGUAUCGAGUUUUAUCGCACCUCUGGUAAAGGCUUGUUGGCUUCAGGUCAAAACUAUGAACCCUUAGAAGUUAGUGUUUUCUCAAGCGUGUCUUUGCCGCUACAUUCUCGCUAAAAGUACAAAAAGCAAGGCACCCCAGUUAAAGUUUACUAUUUGCACUAAUAGCACGAAUACACACUUUCCUUCCAGAGGCUCCGUACAGAGUACAGCUGUCCUUGUGUGACGGGAAAACCGAAAGUCGCCUUCAGAGAAACAAUUACUUCCACUGCCAAGUUUGACUACUUGCAUAAGAAGCAGAGUGGCGGUGCGGGUCAGUACGGCAGAGUAAUAGGGGAGCUUAAGCCGUUGAUAGGUGAUAAGUUGAUGACACGUGAGUUUUCAGACGAAACUGUGGGAAUGAACAUCCCCAAGAAUUUCAUCCCCGGAGUGGAGAAGGGGUUCAUGGAGGUCUGUGAGACUGGGUUGUUAACAGGCCACAAGAUGACGGGGGUGCGGAUGGUCCUCCAGGACGGCGUCUCUCACAGUGUUGACUCCAGCGAACUGGCCUUCAGACAGGCGGCAGUCGGCGCCAUGCGACAAGCCUUCCCUCUCGCCGGGCCCACUGUCCUGGAGCCUGUGAUGAGCGUGGAGGUCGUCGCCCCCGACGAGUUUCAGGUCAGGACACCUUGAGUCAGAGAGUGUCCUGAACAACAGACACAUGUGGAUAAAUGUGUUCAUUUGCAAGUUGUCAUGCCUGCUUUUUUCGUUGGGGUUACAUUUUUACUUGUCCGGGUACAGGGUCCGGUGAUAGCUGGCAUCAAUCGUCGUCGCGGAGUCAUUACAGGCACCGAUGCCACCGAGGGAUACUUCACCAUCUACUGCGAGGUAAAAAUACAGACAUUGCCCAGGAAAUUUUGUAAUCCUCCGAGAAAAUUUUUUUCCAUCCAGGUACCCACUGAAUGAUAUGUUUGGCUAUGCUACAGAGCUGAGGUCCUCUACACAAGUACGUAAACGAUAACACUUUUGCUAGAAAUAUGUAGCGAUGGUUUCCCCCCUCGAUUUUCAGGGAAAGGGAGAAUUUUCAAUGGAGUUCCAGCACUACCAGCCUGUUCUACCAACACUCCAACAAGAGCUCAUCACUCAAUACCAACAGGAGAGGGCAAGGAGGAACAAAUGACGUCUCCAAUAGCACAAUUCUUAGGAGUUAUAUUUAUCGCAUGCACAAGUCAAUCGCCGGACUUCUCUAUCUAUUUUAACACUUCCUUGUUCCAAUGCAUGUAUAUGAGGAAAGAUACAGUAAUCUGAGUACCAACGAAUCAUCCGUAAAGACACUAUGGUUAGUUACAGUCCUGGUCGUGCUCCCUUCGGUACCAGUCAGGCUCGCUGUCUCCUUUGCGCCUGUUCCUCGCCCCCUCCCUUCGCUGCCCCGGCCAUCCGCUGAGCGUUCGACGAAGUUUUCUCCCAGCCCGCUCCUCUGCCGCGACCCGCUGCGCCUGCUGCAAGGUCAGCUCGCACGCACGAGUUCCGGCUCUUCGGCUCAGCUCGGUCGGUCGUAUCACGACGAAGAAACCUAGUUUACAGCCAGCGGAGCUCUGCGCACAAACUGGAUUC